AUGGCGGACUCAGAGGAGAAGGAGCACCGUGUAGUCAUGGGCCCGGCUACUUUUGUUACGGGACAAGAGACGGACGGGGAGGAGGAAGGGCGCCAUGAGCUCAAGCGAGAAAUGAAGCCAAGACAUGUGCAGAUGUUCUCCAUCGCCUGCGCCAUUGGCACGGGACUGAUCAUUGGCAGCGGAACUGCCCUGGUGCGCGGCGGUCCCGGGAGCCUGUUCGUUGCUUAUGUGAUGGUCGGGUUCGCCGUCUUCUUCGUGAUGACGUCGCUCGGCGAGAUGGCUGCCUUGCUUCCCAUGAACAAAGGCUUUGCAGGUUACGCUAGUCGAAUGGUAGAUCCUGCCUUUGGAUUUGCGUGUGGAUGGAAUUACUUCUUCAAAUAUGUCCUGGCGACACCUACCAAUUUGACGGGCGCAGGACUCAUCAUCCGCUACUGGAGACCGGACCUCAACGUCGCCAUUUGGAUCACAGUGUUUGGCGUUGCUAUAGCCAUCAUCAACAGUCUGCAUGUAUCCCGCCUGGGCGAGACAGAGUUCGUGCUCGGGUGUGCCAAGAUCACCAUCAUGACCAUCAUGAUCCUGUCCUGCUUCGUCAUUUCCCUCGGCGGCGGCCCAAACCACGACCGGUCAGGCUUCCGGUAUUGGUCCGAUCCUGGUGCCUUUGCUGAAUACUUGGCCAAGGGAAACCUGGGUCGAUUUCUCGGCUUCUGGGCAUGCCUGUGCCAGUCAUGCUUUUCGUAUCUCGGAACUGAAGUGGUCGGCAUGACGUUUGGCGAAACGCCGAACCCAAGGAAGAAUAUUCCUCGGGCCGUCAAGCAUACUUUCUGGAGAAUCACGCUCUUUUACGUCAUUGGCGUCCUGGUGCUUGGCAUGGCAGUGAAGCCUGAUAGCAAAGACCUCAAGGAGGCCACCACGAAAACGACGAGUGCUAGUGCUUCUCCAUUCGUUUUGGCCAUGACUAUGGCCGGCAUAAAGAUUUUCCCUGAUUUCAUCAACGCUUGCCUGCUCUUCUUCACCUGCAGCGCUGCCUGUACAGAUGUGUAUUGCGCGUCACGAACGCUCUACGGUCUGGCUCGGGACGGACAAGCCCCCAAAAUAUUUGGCAAGACGCUCAAGAAUGGCAACCCGAUCUGGGCAGUCAUGGUGUCGUGUCUUCCAGUUCUUAUGGGCUACAUGAACGCCAGAACAUCCUCGGCCGUCGUGUUCCAGUAUUUCGUGAGUUUGACUACGAUCUUCGCCGUCCUCAACUGGAUGUGCGUACUCUUGUCAUAUAUCGCGUUCCGUCGGGCGCUUAAGGCUCAAAACUUCAACUUCGAUGAUCUGCCCUAUCGGGCAAUGGGGCAGCCAUGGGGGGCGUAUUACGCUCUCUUGAUAACUCUCGCUGUCUGUCUGUUCAGCGGCUAUGAUGCGUUUUACCCGAAAUUCAAGCCGGAUCAAUUCGUGCUGAAGUACCUGGGAAAUGUAUUGUUUGUGCUCAAUGUCCUGAUCUGGAAAUACUUCAAGCGCACCAAGAGGAUCAAGUCGAGCGAAGUGGACUUGGUCACUGGUCGCAGGGCGUUUGAGAAGACGGAGACGGACGAGCCUGGAUGGACCAGAAGCAUCCGAAACGUAUUCGCUAGGGGCAGGGAGAACUGA